AUUGGCAGCAGCUGAACUUGUUUCAUCUAAUGAUAAGAGGAAGCCAACAACAGGACUGAUAAUAAUGAAUGAGAGUAAUCAUGGGGCGGGAGGGGGCCCACAGAUCCAGACACCACAGCUCUGAGGGCAGAGAGAGAGGAAGCUGAGUCAGGAACAGGUGUGAAUGGGAACACAAAGAGAGGGAGAAGGAUGCAUCAUGGGAAGUCCCCUGGCAGUCUGAGCCUAUAGCAGCUUAGCAGCUUAACGAGGGGAUGGUUCAAAGCCUGAAUCAGAACAGUGUCCUGCACAGUUCAAAGGACCUCACUCUGCCCAGCAUACAGAGACGACUUCUUGUACACGACAUCCGUGUGGUCAGGUGACCCAGGUAUCUGUCCCCCAUCUCAGUAUCCAGUCCCUGGACGACUACUGGUGUAGUCUGGACCAUCGUCCUGUUGAAGUCCUUCACCAUGUCCUUUGUCUUGCUAGUGUUGAUUGAACUCACACCAGUUGACCAAGUCCUUGAUGACGUCCCUGUGUUCUUUCAGUCUGUGGUCUUUUGUUGAGGUGUCCGUCUGCUCCCUGUCCCUCAGCUUCCCUCUGAGCGGUUAUGGCUGUGUUCUGUUGAAGGGUCUGGAAAAGUAAAUAAAACCACGACCCUCACUGCGCCUCCAGGGUUCUCCAGGUGUGAGAGGGUCUGUGCUGUGGGCAGGUGCUGCAUCAUCCAGUCCCAGUGAGACAGGUGGACAGCAGGGGGCCCAGCUUUGAGCUCAUCAUGGGUCAGAGGUGGUUGAGUGUGAUACUAUGUGUGAUUCUUAUCAGGUGAGACGUUAAGGCCAGCAGCCUGAGGUGGGCGGGCUCCCUGGGGUGCACAGGUGCACGGGACUGGAACUAACACGAUCUGUGACUGUUCAGGUCCGAUGUUUAAAAACAAACCUGUCUGAAGCGAUUACCUGUGCAGGGGGAUGAAGCCCUGCCCACAGCUGCGAUGUCAUCUGUGUGUGUGUGUGUUCAGGCUCAGAGGAAGAGGAGGAGCACAGGAAGCCCUCUGGUUUCCAGACCCAGGACCAAGACCAGCAGAGCAGCUAAUGCUAGGAGGGCACCUGCCGCUAACAGAGCAGCUAACAGGACGGCUAACACUAGCAGGAUGCCUGAUAUUGACCCUGCACCCUCCACAGAGACCAUUGAUGUGAUGGACAACGCUGAGGACAGUGUGGAGGAGGUGGUGGAUCUGACCUGUGAAGGAUCAGAAGCUGCUGUGGUCGACCUCACCAACAACGACUCCGUGCUGCUGGUGGACGAAGGUCCUCAGAACAGGAGAGUGCCCACAGGUGAGAGUUACAUCGUCAGCAGUGAUGAAGAUGAGGACACACCCCCUGUCCUCAGUGCCGCUGUGAUGUCCUCUGUACACACUUCCAGGUCAACCCCGGGGACAAUCAGCUGUCCCGUCUGUCUGGACUCGUACUCUGAGAUCGUUGACAGCGGCCGAUUGGUUGUUUCCACUAAAUGUGGUCACGUGUUCUGUAGUCAGUGUCUGAGAGACGCCCUUACAUCGUCACACACCUGUCCCACCUGUAGGAAGAGACUCACCCACCGCCAGUACCACCCCCUCUACAUCUGACAUCACCACACAUCUGAGCUGCUGUUGGACAACAGAUUUCCAGUGACGUCAUCAGAUGUUUUUUUGCUGCUGAAACUUUUUUAUUUAAAUUUUUUUUUUUUUUUAUUUUUUAAAUCAGAAACAUGAAACCUUCAAUCAGAGCUGAUUGAUUAUUGAUUAUUGACUGAUAUAUUUCACCCUUCAGUUUUCAGCUCCGAUCUGUUUUCAUCUCUGAUCGUCUUUUGUUGUUUAUGUUUGUUUAUUUCCUCACAUCAUUCCUUCAAAUGUAAAAUUAGAAAUAAAUUCUAUUGAUUUCUGUGAAAA